AAUUUGCCAUAUUAUGUCAUGUGAUGUACAUAAGUGCUUUCAUGAAAACACAUCUUUAGAUAAUCCCAGCUGAUUAUUCCUCUGUGUAAACAUGAGGUUAUCCUGUUAUCAACAGAAAUUUGAUAUGGUGAGAGAUAUAUGUUUACACUUGAUUGGUCAGACCUCACUUGACCAGGCAAGGAAGAAAUGCCACAAGUGUAUAAUUGUAUAUUAUUUCAUACUAAUAAAGACAACUUACAAACACAAAGGAGUUGCCCAAGUGAGAGGAAAACAUCAUAUACUACCAGUGAUAUUUUCAGUUAUAUGAAUGAGAAAGAAAUUGACCAUUUCAAUUUAGUUAAGGUUGACUUGAGAAGGGAUUUAAACUCUUGCUUCAUUUGUAUUUUAUCAGAGUGUUGUGUUGAAGCGAUAAAAUGUACAUAAUGGACUAACAAGAUCUUGUGUAAAUAGAGGUCAAUAGUUACAACUGACCAUAUACAGCUGACCACUCACAUUUCAUAAUUCCACAGGAUGACGUAGUGGACCUGGUCUAGACAAAUAAGCCUCGACUGUCAGGAAGAGGCAUAUUUACAUGGAAAGAUGUGAACUUCGUAGAAUCUAUCACUUAUUCAUGGACACUUCAAAACAUGGCUUUUUGAUGGUAUAUACAAGAUGAUAGGGAAGAUAAUAGGACAAGUUAAACACCUACAGCUUGUGAGAUGAAGUUAAUGCCAAGAUUUCUUCUUUUGUUGUUUUUGCUAUCAGCACUGACCAUGUUAUUUGUUGCAAAGUGUGGCUUACAUAUUGACCUAGAAUCUAGUCAAACAGGUUUGCCAAUACCUGACCAUGAUCAUAUUAAAUCUAGGGAAUUAUUUAGUGAUGUUAUAGAAGAAACUGAAAAAAAGUACCAAAAUAAAAUCGAUGAACUUCAAGAAAAAAUAACCGCAUUGGAAAAAUCUAUCAGGGACCAAACUAUGAAAAUGCAAAAUGUCUCAAGUCCGAAACCUAGUCCGUCCGAAAUAAUAAUUGAAGGUGUUAGCGAUGUGACCUUUAACCAGGUUAAUGUAUCAGGUGAAAUGCAACAGUAUUUUGAAGAAAAAUUAAAAGCAGCUGAGAUUUUACAUGGCGUUGAAAUGAAAUCAGAAUAUGAAAUAACAGCAUUUAAUAGAUUUACUAUAAACCGUAUUUAUCUUGUUGACCCUGGAUUAGGGAAAAGGGUCGUUGAAAAACCCAUAGGUCUAAAACGGAGGGAUUUACAUGAAGUCUUAACGUUUGCUAUUAAUAUUUUGAACAAACAGAGACCAAUGGAGUCUAGACAAUUUAGUUUUAGUGAUUUUGUCGAGGGUAUUUAUAGGACACAUUCGACCUCAGGGACUCAUUAUGAAUUAUUUUUCCGAAAUUUAGACUUUUUGACCGAUAAAAGUAGAUAUACGAAAGUUGUUAUAAUGAGACCAUUUGGACCACUGUUUUCUGUUUCCACAACUCAAGUUAAUACUGGACAGGAAUGGAUAAAUUUAAUUUUGCCGCUUAAAAAUCGCCUAGAUUCUUUUCUGCAAUUCAUGACAAGGUUUGAAGAAACAGUUAUUGCAAAAGAUAAAAGAGUUUUCUUAACUGUUGUAUAUUUUGGGAAUGAUGGUUUAAUGGGAGCUAAAAAUAUUAUGUCUGCAACAGCAAAAAACACAGGAUAUAAACAUUUGCGACUGGUAAAUUUAAAUGAAGAUUUCUCCCGAGGCCGUGGAUUGCAAGUUGGAGUUCAGAAUUGGAAGAAUGGGGAUGUAAUAUUAUUCCUUUGUGAUGUUGACAUUGUUUUCUCACUUGAAUUUUUAGAACGGUGCCGUCUCAACACAGAAAGAACAAAAAAAGUUUAUUACCCCAUUGUGUUCAGUCUGUAUAAUCCUAAAGUAGUUUACACAUUGCAAGGAUAUCCUAUUCCUCAAGAAAAAGACCAACUCGUUAUUUCAAAACAAAGUGGAUUUUGGAGAGACUUUGGCUAUGGAAUGACUUGCCAGUAUAGAUCUGAUUUUCUCAUGACCAAAGGAUUUGAUGAAACUUUUAAUGGAUGGGGUGGUGAAGAUGUUGCCUUGUAUAAAAAAUAUGUCCGUAGCCACUAUAUGGUAAUGCGAGCCACUGAUCCAGGCAUUUUCCACUUGUGGCAUGAAAAGUAUUGUGACCCAAAACUACCUACGGAACAUUAUGAGGGGUGUAUUAGAUCAAAAGCAUUAUCUGAAGCAUCUCAUUCACAGCUUGGAUUUUUAGUAUUUAAAGAUGAAAUGAAAAAUCGUCAAAUCCAAACUAAUUUUUCACUCAGGAAUAAUAAUACAAUAGUAAGAAGAUGACCAAUAAAAUAAAGUGGGUUUUUUUCAAAAAA